AUGGAACAUCCCACUCUGUUGAGUCCCAAACCCGCAGCCACCAGGCUCGCGCCUAUUUGCGCCAUCUUCCUGGCCAAGUUCGACGUUCACACAGGUUACGAAUUGGCAUGGUUCAGAUCUCUCAACGAGACAAUAUAUCCUUCAAAGGGUCUUGAAUUCAAGGCCCUUCCUUCCGGACUACAUUCAGUUGAAACAGAUAUUAUCUGUUUUGUUCAAGAGAAGCAAGUUGGCCAGCCCACAGACCAAAAACCACUGCUUUACGGAAUCUCCGUCUUCAGACAGAACCUGUCUUCCCUUCAGGAAACAAACGGAAGCAUUGAUAGAAAAUCUGUUCAGAUGUACUCUCUGGGUGUGGUAAUUGACCCGGAACAUGUUGGAGUCACAUGGAAUCCCAAAAUCUACUCCUCGUGCUGGAACUACAAAGACCAGCUAAACAUGCUUGUUACCAAUUACGUUGGCUCAGACAACCAACACGAACAAUUACAAUACCUGGAACAAUUCUGGGAAGUUCAACGUUUCAAAGGGUCCGGAGACUUGAACUCCAAAUUCAAAGAUAUCAUGAAAAAUGUUAAUAUAAAUAGAAGAAAGUCUAUCCAAACGUUGAUCAACGACGAAGCGCAAAACAACACCGACACAACUACCAGCGCAGGCAGCGGAACGUCUGCCGGAACAUUCGUUGGAGAACCCUCGUUACAAAAAAUUGACGAUCUGAAUGCCGAAAAUUUCAAUAUUGAUGAUGACCACAUGAUCAACUCGUUGCUCCCGCUGUUGAGCUCAAUGGGCCCGCUCAUCUUCCGUCUGUGGAAACUUGCGCUUUUGCGCAAGAAAAUCAUCCUUUACGCGCCACAGGGUUCGCACCAGUCCAUAAGCGGGUUCUCUAAAAUCAUCUAUUGCGUUUCUCUGAUCUCGUCUGUUCCCAAAACUUUGAGACAGACGCUGCUCAAAUCCGGAGUCACCGACCUGGACGAAUUGGCAUUCAACGUGCCAAUCUAUAACGUCUGUGUCAACGACAUCGGGUUUCUGAGAAACCGCAAGGCCGGGUUCAUUGCAUCAACCACGGACCAAAUUAUUCUGGAGAAAACCGAUUUGUACGAUUAUUCGCUAAGAUUCCCCGAGAACGACAGCGAGGAGCCCCAAAUCUUCAAAGCCGGAUCCUCGGAACCGAUCUUGGCGACGUCCAGAGACUUCAACCGCUUCAAGCUCGUUUAUGCGAAUUUCUUUGAUAACGUGCAACCAUUGGAAAGCGGCGUCGAUGAAUUGGAAGUGAAACUCCCUGCUCACGCAAGACUCUCUACCGAACCACUAUCAGUUAGAGAAGUUAUGUGGAAAGGUCUUUCAUGGUGGGCCACGGCAGGAAGCAGCGAGACCCACAAAGUCGAGUUUGAGCUUGAAUAUGAACUGUUUGACGACGUGGACAAAGACGAGGUUGAACAGGUGGUUUCUCUGCUUGGAUAUUUCCAGAAAUUGACCAUCAGAUUGUUCACAAUGUUGGUUGACAUAAUAAAUAACAGCGAGUCCGAGCAUAUGAACGAGCAUACGGCCGAAUCUGACUCGCUGGUGAACCAGUCCUCUCGCGACGAGAGCUUAUGGAUCGAGCCGCAGGACGUGUAUGAAAUGGGAAUGGAUCCUUAUAGCAGCACAGACACACAAGUUCUGGUGGAUCUUUGUGCUAUUUGGUGGGGUAAAGAAGCCAAGAUUGGAGGGUACCUUGGGAACUAUUGUUGUAUUUAG